UUACUUUUAAGUGUUAUUCAGCUAAUAACGUUCCUAUAAAAUACCUACCUAUCGUUUGUUUUAUCAAUUAUUUUCAUUUAUAAUUGUAUUUCAAUCAGACGUAUCGUAUACUAUUACAAAUUUAUAAUACAAUAUGAUUGUUUCAAAAGAACAUCUUCGACUUUUAGUCGGAGUAUUAGUCAUUUAUUGCUGUAUUGAAUCCACUGUCGGAUCAUCUAUUCGUGGAGUGUAUAACUAUCCGAAUUCUGAUGUUUCAUCCGAAAUCGAGUCGUCUGAAACAACUAUGUCCAAUACAACAACGCUCGAACCUACUACGUCAACAACUGAAGAAACAGCUAGUCCAACGAAAAAGCAUCAUCAUAGGACAAUUGUUUGGAGUAAAAAAACGUCUAAAACGACAGCGGAACAACCAUCCACAGAACCAACCACAGAACCACCAUCCGCAGAUCCAUCAGCCUCGAAAAUUGAAUAAAGAAAAACCGACGGAUUACAUUUACUAUAUAGCUGCUGCUAAACAUCCAUAAAAAUUUACAAACUUAUACCUAGACGAAACGUUACUAUAUAAAUUUGUAUAAAAUAAACCAAUUCGAAUUCAUUCAAAAAUAAAAUAAAACAAAUAAUAAUAUGAACAAUUA